GGAACUGAAGAGUAAGAAGGUUACGCCUCAGAGACAGCGCCUGGAGUUGUUCCCAGAUUCCUAAUCAUGAGCGGGGGGGACCGGUUUGUACAAACGCUGCAGAAGCUCAAUUAUCCUAAAGGCGCCCAGCUGGACGGGGAGGAUUUUGAUUGGCUCUUUGAAGCAGUCGAUUUGAAACCUUUCCUAGACUGGUUUUGUUCUGCCGCAAGUGAACAGAAUGUGGUGCCAGACGAGAAGCUACAAGCUUUUAAUACACUCAAGGAGUCGGGGAAACCUGUACUGGAUGAAAAGGCUUUGGAUGAAGUACUAAAAACCUUCUCCAUAUCAAAAGUACCCGCCAUAGAAGAAGUGGCAAUUGAGAAACUGGAGGAAGAAGUUAAAGCUUUGCAGAAGCAGAAAAAUCUACAUAUCAGGAGGCGGAAUAAGCUGCAGAUGGUGGAGUCUGGUAACCGCCAAAUGUGCUUGAAAUCUAAAGAUAAGGAAGAAGAGACUGGCAGAGCUUUCCAAGAAGUUCUACAUCUCCUCCGGGUCACCAACAAGAAGCUGAAUCAUGAGCUGCAGAGCAUCGUUAAUGGUGUCCAGACCCUAAUGUCCUUCUUUUCCACUCCAGAAACAGCCUGCGAGCUGUCAUCUCAGCCCAUAUUUCUGUCUCAGCUCCUCCGUGAUAAGUACCUGUCCCUUGAAGAACAAAGCACAGCCGCUCUUACCUCCUUUACUAAGGAACAUUUUUUUGAGGGCAUGUCUAAAUUUGUUGAAGGCUCUGACGAGAACUUUCAGCUUGUCCAGCUGAAUGUGAACAGUUUCGGGGAAGAUGGCACCACCGAGGACAAGUGCAAAGAGAUGAUGAGACUUCAGUUGGCGUAUAUUUGUGCCAAGCACAAGCUGAUUCAAAUGAAGGCUAAAAGUGCCAGUUUGAAAGUCGGCCUACAGUGGGCUGAAAAUAAUGCCAGUGUCGUGCAGGAUAAGGCCUCUCAGAAAGAAGAAAAUCUCAAAGUAAGAAUCACAAGCUUAAAAAACGAGACUUUGCAAAUUGAGAAUCAUACAAAUAGCAUUAGCAAUGAGAAGCUCCCUGGCUUGGUGCGGGACAAUGCCCAGCUAUUAAAUAUGCCCAUUGUGAAAGGAGACUAUGACCUGCAGAUGGCACAUCAGACCUCGUGUUCCUCUAGACAAGACCUGGUGUGUGACCAUCUCAUGAAACAGAAAGCUUCCUUUGAACUCCUUCAGCUGGGCUACGAGCUGGAACUAAGGAAGCACAGAGAUGUGUAUCGGGAGCUGGGAAGCAUCGUACAGGAACUGAAGGAAAGCGGUGAUAAACUGGAGGAAAGGUUGACAAUGUUAUCCGAUGUAAACUUGCUGUCAGCCUCCAAACCCAGGAGCAAUAUUGAUUCUAAGGAUUUGACUUCACACAGAUUAUACCAGCUGCUGGAUGGAGACAACACCCAGAAACUGUUCAGAACAUAUGACGGUUUGGAAUCGGUGGCCCAGAAGUUAAGCCAAGACAUUGCUUCCAUGAGAGAUCAGCUGGAGGUUUCUGAGCAAGAGCAUUCCCUUCUCUUGUCCAAACUGGACUCUCAUCUGAAGGAGCUCCGUGACUUUAUGUAUCCUGAAGGAAACACUCUUAUGUUAACCACCCCGGAGCUUUCAGGUGAGUUCCAUCAGUUAGGGUCCCAGCUGGAGAAACUAAACCACAUUACAGUGGAAAUCCUGGGAGAUCUGCAGCUGAAGAGGAAGAUGCUGGAGUCCAAUAAGUUGCAGCAGAUAGAGAAGCAGUUGUACGUCUAUUUCUUCCAAAACGAAGAGCAACUAAAAAGCAUUGUAGGAAAACUGGAGGCCCAGACAGGCGGCGGUUCUUCUGCGUGAAGUCCUCAAACUGCCGCCUUAACCCUAUGAACUCUUAUCAGGUCUUAAAUUGAUUUCAGAUGAUUUUUUUUAGCCCACAUAUUUAUUGAUGUAAAUAGGAUUGCCUUGUUAUACUGUUAAUGAGAUAUUAGAAGCUCAGUGACCUAUUUUAUAGCAUUUUCAUGUUCAUUUUAAUUCGGACACUGCUUUGGCUUCAAUUAACAGGGAAAAAGCCAUUUUUAAACUUUUUAGUUUGGUAUUCUGGAGAAAUUAGAUGAGCAGAUUAAACAUCACCCAGCUGCUGUGUUUCUAUAUCCCAAUGUGUUUAUCUGUUUAUAAUAUCAGUAUUACAGAUGAGCCCUGCUCCCAAAUCACAUCUAUUAGCAGUGGGGGGGUUAAUGUACAUCUCUGCUUCGAUGCCCAGUAUAAAGGAAGGGAAACUGUAUCUCCCCCCCCCCCAUAUAACUUAAAGGGAUACUGUCAUGAUUUUAUGGUUUAUUUUUAUUUCUAAAUGACACUGUUUACAUUGCAAAUAAUUCACUCGGCCAUUUAAAAUUAUUUUAUUCUUGAA